CUCAUUAUUUUCUUUGAGCGCCUCCCUAAAACUUAAUACAAUACGAACUUUGACUUUUGAUUACUGUACUGAUAGUUGUAGUUUGAAUCUGGUCUUAUAGAUUUUGAUUACUGCAACUUCAAUCACAACCUGUCUAAGCUUUGAAUCGUUUUUAGGGUUGCCAUGAGAAAUCUUGAGCAGCAAGAAACACAAUCUCCGAACUCGGGAAUAUACAUCCCAAUCGAUCUCCUCAUGGAUAUAUUUUCUCGAGUUCCGGCGACCACUAUAGCAAGGUUUCAUUGUGUAUCUAAAUUAUGGGGAUCCAUACUUUGCCGUCAAGAUUUUACCGAGUUGUUCUUGAAUAUGUCUUUGACUCGUCCACGCCUGCUCUUAUUCACCUUCCAAGCUGACGACAAUGGCAAUAUAUUCUUCUUCUCUUCACCUCUGCCUCAAAAUCCAGAUGAGAACACGUCUCUUGUACCAACCCGUUAUCAUGUUCACCAUAAGAAUUCUCCUAGAGAGUUUUCGUCUGAAUUUGGUUCUCCUCUUCGUGGAUUCAUUUGUUGCCGUGAUAAGGGAAGUCUAGAUACUAUGGUUAUUUAUAACCCGGUCACAGGAGAGUCCUUACCCUUACCCAAAGUGGAAUUGAAGAGUGUUAAUACUGUGACAAGACCUUAUUUAGGGUAUGAUCCGAUUGACAAACAGUUAAAAGUAUUGUGCAUCAAGUUCGGUGGAAUCCCGGAUAUUUUUGUUGAUCAUCAAGUGUUGACAUUGAAUAAUGGAAAACAUUUAUGGAGAACAAUCCAAUGCAAACCCCAUUAUCCUAAAUCCAAUGGAAUAUGCAUAGAUGGUGUUUUGUAUUAUACAGCUGGUCUAUAGGACGAUACGCGGGAUUCUAUAAUAGUUUGCUUCAAUGUUAAGUCUGAGAAGUUUAGUUUUAUUGACAUAGAUGGAUGCAUGUUGAUGACUCAUUCUUGUACUUUGAUCAACUACAAGGGUAAAUUAGGUGCACUUCAGUUUACAUUUUUGUGUCAAAGACAACUUGAGUUUUGGAUUCUAGAAGAUGCUGAGAAAUAUAUAUGGUCCAAAGAUAUCUACAUAUUGCCUUCUUUGUGGGACAACAUAGUUCAACGUGCCGAGUUAUUCAUUGUUGGAAUGACUGGUAGAGGUGAAGUUGUGUUGUCACAGUACUGUCUAGUAGAACCAUGUUACAUUUAUUACUUCAACCUUGAGAGCUGGAGUUUCACAAGAGUUCAAAUACAAGGUCUUGAAGUGUUUAAGCGUACGAGAGUUUACACCUCUCUAGACUAUGCUGAGAAUUUGAAACUUAUGUAAGUGUUCAAAUCUUGUUUUCAAGCUUUGUCUAGUUUGGAUAAAAGAACAAAAAAAAAGUCUCAAAUCACUUGGGAAACAAGAA